GUGACGUUUCAGCAUGGCCGCUUGAGAGCAAAACAACACGCACAUAGAAACUCAAAUAGCACCACAACUGAGGAUUUUGCCUCAAGCUUACACAAUUUUUUCAGCGGUUCAUAGUAAAAUAAUAUUUAACGUCUCUCCGAUCAUGCCAUCUGUUUGUGAGUCUCCUGUUGAUGAUAUUGAGGAUAUGGUGACCUCGCAUGACCCCACUCCUCAUGAACGCCAGUUCGCAAGGAAGAGCAUUGUGCCUCGUGCUCGCAAACAAAAGCAAGAACCUGCAGGAGAAGAUCUUCAGACAGACAGUGUGAUUCCUGGCACACAGAAGGUCUGGGUGAGGACAUGGGGCUGCUCUCACAACAACUCUGAUGGAGAAUACAUGGCUGGACAGUUGGCUGCCAGUGGCUAUAGGAUAACAGAGAAUUCUACUGAAGCUGAUCUGUGGUUGCUAAACAGUUGCACAGUCAAAAACCCUGCAGAAGAUCACUUCAGGAACUCCAUAAUGAAGGCUCAAGAGCAGAAUAAGAAGGUGGUUGUUGCAGGAUGUGUGCCGCAGGCCCAGCCCAGGAUGGACUACCUCAAAGGCCUGAGCAUUAUUGGGGUCCAGCAGAUUGACAGAGUGGUGGAGGUUGUGGAUGAGGCUGUCAAAGGUCACUCCGUGCGUCUGCUGGGUCAGAAGAAGGAGAAAGGCAAGCGUUUGGGAGGAGCACGCUUGGAUUUGCCAAAGAUUAGGAAGAACCCGCUGAUUGAAAUAAUUUCCAUCAAUACUGGAUUUGCUCCAGAGGGUGUUUGUGAGAUCUGGCUGACCAGUGAAGACACGGGGGCGUACGGCAGAGAUAUUGGUACUGACCUGCCAACUCUGCUCUGGGAACUGGUGAAGGAGAUACCAGAGGGAGCAAUGCUCCGUCUGGGCAUGACCAACCCCCCAUAUAUCCUGGAACAUCUGGAGGAAAUGGCUAAAAUCCUUAACCACCCACGAGUCUAUGCCUUCCUCCACGUGCCUGUCCAGUCAGCAUCUGACAGUGUCCUAAUGGACAUGAAGAGAGAGUAUUGCUGUGCUGACUUCAAACGAGUCGUUGACUUCUUGAAACAGAAGGUUCCAGGCAUCACUAUCGCAACUGACAUCAUCUGCGGGUUCCCAGGAGAGACGGAUGAGGACUUUGAACUGACGAUGGAACUUGUGAGGCAGUAUUGCUUUCCCAGUCUCUUCAUCAACCAGUUCUACCCAAGACCUGGAACACCGGCAGCCAAGAUGGAGCAGGUUCCAGCACAAGUGAAAAAACAAAGAACCAAGGAGCUCUCUUCCCUUUUCCAUGCGUACAACCCUUACGAUGGCAAGGUUGGUGAAAGACAGCAUGUGCUGGUCACUGAAGAGUCUUUUGAUUCCCAGUACUAUGUUGCCCACAACAAGUUUUAUGAACAGGUGCUGGUGCCUAAGAAGCCUGAGUUCAAAGGGAAGAUGAUUGAGGUGGAUAUUUACGAGGCUGGGAAACACUACAUGAAGGGCCGACCGGUAGAUGAUGCACAGGUCUUCACUCCCUCAAUCGCUCAGCCUCUUCAGAGGGGAGAGGUGUCAGGACUCCCUCAGGAUUUGAAGAGUUCCCAUCAGAAUGGCAUCCAUGCCUCUGUGGAUUCUUCACUCAUGGGAUGGUCAUGGAGAUGUGAGGGUGAAGGACUCAAACUGCUCUCAUUAGGACUGGCUCUAGCUGCCAUAAUUGUGGCUUUUGUGAUUGAGAAGCUCCAUUAACAGGCAAAAUUCAUCCUGAUGCAUCAGAUGAGGCCUUAAAGAGUGUGCAAUGACCCAGAGACUCUUUAAACUAAUGCUUGAAUGUUAAUGUAUUGUGUUUUAAGGUCAAUUAAAGGUAAAUGAGGCAGAUAGGUUAGGGCAAUUCAUUUUUUAACUACUGAUCUAGAACUCCAAUAAAUUUGAGCACAAAAAGAUUUAACACAUUUUGCUACCAAGUAAUGGCAUGCAUGCAUUGUGAUGUAUUAGAAAGGCUUUUUUGUGUCACAUACUAUUUGUUGUUUUUAGACAUCAAAGCCUCUUUGCCUCUGUACAAGGACAGCUUGAAAGCAUCUUUGGAUUUCUGUUCAUUUUCAAUCGCAGCAGUCAUUCAUUUUCAAGCCCAGGUGUCUCACUGUUGGGUUUGGGCUCAGAGCAACAGACUCUUCACAUCUUUGUUCACAGCAUAAAGCAAGUCUAAUAAAUGAGACUACAUACUCAGCACUGUCUCCUGGGUAGUAUUUCUGGAAUGUUUUCUCAUGGAUUUUGGCAUGGGGAGGUCAGCCAGUUUAUUUGGUGCACUUGUGAAACUUCAGUCUGUUUAUUACCCAAGUAUGACCUCAAUGAGAAUAACAUGUGUGCCCCACAUAUAUUUAGUAGCAUGGCUGUGUGUUAUCGUGUACGUUCUUAUAUGUCAGAUUAAUUGAAAAUGUAAUACACUUGUUGACAAGAUGAAGUGUAUAAAAAAAACUGGCUAUAGAUAUUAGAGGCAAGAUGUGUACUUUGCUGCCAAAUAUUACAGAAAUAUAUAACAGUGACUGUAAAUAUUAUGCCAUAGCUUGGGAAGCAUUCCUAAAUAU